AUGGAGGCUCUCACCACUCAGCUGGGGCCGGGGCGCGAGGGCAACUCCUCACCCAACUCAAAGCAGGAGCUCCAACCCUAUUCGGGCUCCAACGCUCUCAAACCCAACCAGGUGGGCGAGACGUCGCUGUACGGGGUGCCUAUCGUGUCUCUGGUCAUCGACGGCCAGGAGCGCCUGUGCCUGGCUCAGAUCUCCAACACCCUCCUCAAGAACUACAGCUACAAUGAGAUACACAACCGCCGGGUGGCCCUGGGCAUCACGUGCGUGCAGUGCACGCCGGUGCAGCUAGAGAUUCUGCGUCGGGCCGGGGCCAUGCCCAUCUCGUCGCGUCGCUGUGGCAUGAUCACGAAGCGCGAGGCCGAACGCCUGUGCAAGUCGUUCUUGGGCGAGCACAAACCACCCAAGCUACCCGAGAACUUCGCGUUCGAUGUGGUGCACGAGUGUGCGUGGGGCUCGCGUGGCAGCUUCAUCCCCGCGCGUUACAACAGCUCGCGUGCCAAGUGCAUCAAGUGCGGCUACUGCAGCAUGUACUUCUCGCCUAACAAGUUCAUCUUCCACUCACACCGCACACCCGACGCCAAGUAUACGCAGCCCGACGCCGCCAACUUCAAUUCCUGGCGCCGUCACCUCAAACUCAGUGAUAAGUCGGCCACAGACGAACUAAGCCACGCUUGGGAGGACGUCAAGGCCAUGUUCAAUGGCGGCACGCGCAAGCGGACCUUCUCGCUGCAAGGAGGCGGCGGCGGCGGCUCUAACGGAGGGUCUGGUGGGCCAGGGAAGGGUGGUGCUGGUGGCGGCGGCGGCCCAGGGUGUGGCGCGGAGAUGGCCCCAGGCCCGCCGCCCCACAAAAGCCUGCGCUGUGGCGAAGAUGAGGCCACCGGGCCUCCUGGGGCGCCUCCUCCCCAUCCGCAGAGGGGACUUGGUCUGCCAGCGGGAGCCGGCGGCCCCGCGGGCCCCGGAGCGCCUGGUGGCGGAGCCGGCGUACGCAGCUACCCAGUGAUUCCAGUACCUAGUAAGGGGUUUGGCCUCUUGCAGAAACUGCCCCCGCCUCUUUUCCCUCAUCCCUACGGCUUCCCCACAGCCUUCGGCCUCUGCCCCAAAAAGGACGACCCCGUGCUAGGCGCGGGUGAACCCAAGGGUGGCCCAGGCACCGGGAGCAGUGGGGGCGCGGGCACUGGCGGAGGCGCGGGUGGCCCAGGAACCGGUCACUUGCCCCCGGGGACCGGGGCUGGCCCGGGCGGCGGCGCCAUGUUCUGGGGUCACCAACCCUCUGGGGCAGCCAAGGACGCAGCGGCCGUGGCUGCAGCUGCUGCUGCAGCCACUGUGUACCCGACGUUUCCCAUGUUCUGGCCGGCGGCGGGCAGCCUCCCCGUGCCGCCCUAUCCAGCUGCGCAGAGCCAAGCCAAGGCCGUGGCGGCCGCUGUAGCGGCAGCAGCGGCGGCGGCAGCGGCGGCCGCGGGUGGCGGCGGCCCCGAGUCCCUAGACGGUGCCGAGCCGACCAAGGAAGGCAGCCUGGGCGCAGAAGAGCGCUGUCCGAGCGCGCUGUCUCGCGGGCCGCUGGACGAUGACUGCACGGACGACGCGCUGCCUCCUCCGCUGGCCCCGUUGCCCCCGCCCCCGCCGCCACCCGCACGCAAAGGCUCCUACGUCUCGGCCUUCCGGCCUGUGGUCAAGGACGCCGAGAGCAUUGCCAAGCUCUAUGGUAGCGCCCGGGACGCGUACGGCGCCGGGUCCGCUCGUGGGCCCGGACCCAACGCGGGGUCCGGAGGCGGCUACGUGAGCCCGGACUUUCUGAGCGAGGGCAGCUCCAGCUACCACUCCGCCUCACCCGACGUGGACACUGCGGACGAACCCGAGGUGGACGUGGAGUCCAACCGCUUCCCCGACGACGAGGGCGCCCCGGACGAGGCGGAGCCCGGCGUGCCCAGCGCGCCCAGCACCGGAGGCGGCCCAGACGGCGACCAGCCCGCAGGGCCCCCGUCUACCACGUCCUCAGGCGCUGACGGUCCCACAGACUCUCCCGACGGCGGCAGCCCUCGUCCCCGGCGACGACCGGGGCUACCCCCAGCCAGCCGGCCCGCCUUUGGGGACCUGGCGGCCGACGACCUAGUGAGGAGACCCGAGAGGAGCCCGCCGAGCAGUGGCUAUGAGCUGCGAGAGCCUUGCGGGCCUCUGGGGGGCCCCGCGCCGGCCAAGGUGUACGCGCCAGAGCGGGACGAGCACGUGAAGAGCGCGGCGGCGGCGCCGGGGCCCGCGACCUCCUACCUCUGCACCCCCGAGGCCCACGAACCAGAUAAGGAAGACAAUCACUCGACCGCCGAUGAUUUGGAAACGAGGAAAUCCUAUCCAGACCAAAGGAGUAUCUCCCAACCAAGUCCUGCAAAUACAGACCGAGGUGAAGAUGGGCUUACCCUGGAUGUCACUGGAACUCAGCUUGUGGAGAAAGAUAUCGAGAACUUGGCCAGAGACGAAUUGCAAAAACUGCUCCUGGAGCAAAUGGAUCUCCGCAAAAAACUGGAGCGAGAAUUUCAGAGUCUCAAAGAUAAUUUUCAGGAUCAAAUGAAGAGGGAAUUGGCUUAUCGAGAAGAAAUGGUGCAACAGCUGCAAAUUGUCAGAGACACUCUGUGUAACGAACUUGACCAAGAGCGGAAGGCGCGCUAUGCCAUCCAGCAGAAAUUAAAAGAAGCCCAUGACGCCCUGCACCACUUCUCCUGCAAGAUGCUGACGCCCCGUCAUUGCACCGGCAACUGCUCCUUCAAGCCCCCGCUGUUGCCCUAGGGCCGGCCCGGCUGCGCCCACGCGCCCUCAAGCCAUGCUGCUCUCUUCCUGUAAAUACCCACGGCCGCGGCGGCCCAGAGCGAGGAACAAGCCAUUCGGACCGGACCGUUGUAAAUACAGCUUCCCGCCCGUCCGCCCUCCUCCGGGGCGCCACAAGCCCAUGGCCCUGCCUCUGUUUCCAAGUGUAAAUAACCACCUCGCCCUACGGUUGAACUCCCGGGCAUCGGACCUCAAGGGGUUAACUGGACCGAAGAGGGUAAGAAAGGGGAGAGAGAGAGUCUCUCCACACACUGUCCCACCUCCGUACAGCCUCGGACCCCUAAUUUGAAUACAAUGUAGCAACUUCGCUGGCGCUGACCCCCACCCCCAACCCCGCUCCCCUAUCCCGUCCACUUCUGAAACUUGUUCCUAACGACAGUGGCUAUGUGCAAUGGAUAUAAAUGUACUGUGAGUCUCCUGGUUCAGUAUUGGGUUCACUUUAAUUUAUUUACGUUGUUUACGUUAUUUUGCUCUCUUCUUUUGUACUUACUUCCAGUCCCCUUCUGCAUUCCCUUUUGGGUUUUGCUUUGUCUAUUUUUGUUGUAACCUGUUGAUAUAACAGCACUUUAAAAAAGGGCAACAACUGACUCACAAGAUGGAGACCACCUUGAGCCUGUUUGGGAAACCACUCUGUAUCAGUGACUUUUGUUUUUAACAAUAAAGAGAAAUUCUAUCACUUCCUGGGGCUGUGGAGGUGGGAGUGAGGCAGGUGGGAAAGGAGGCUGGGCAGAGACAUGCUGAGGAUUGCACAACAAUUGGGGCAUGGGGACCACAGCGCCAGUUCUGGGGCGCCUGCUGAGAAUUGCACCCGCUCAGGUGGGUAGCAGCUGGCACCCUGACCUCUGCCCCGGCCCUUCAGACAUACCCAGCUUGCCCCACGGGCCAUCCCCUCCUCAUUUCUAGCACUGUCGCCUGGGCCUCUGCCCAGGGAACGAGGUCUAUGGCUUGGUCCUUGACGCCGUGUUGCCUGAACGCUUCCCUGUGUGGUCCCUAGGGGCCGAGAGUUAUUCGUGCCCACCCCACUGGGGAAGUCAUCCCCAGGCCUUCAGAGAAGGGACGCUGUUUUCCUGACAAUUUGCACGGCACCGUUCCCAGAAUGCCAAGUUCAGCCAGAAUUGCUAGAAGGCGCAGGCAUCACCCGCCUUGCCCUGGAGCACUGGGGCACGGGGGAGGCGAGAUAUUUUUGAUGGACCUCGGCGGGCAGGCCUGGAAAGGAAGGGCGUGACUCAGCGCUGGUGCUCGGAUGCUCUCCCGCCAGCCCCGGCGCUACCGACCGGAGGUUUUUAUGUUCCGUCCAGUUUAGUUCGAGCGGGUUUGUGGAUGUGAAGGAGCCCAAGAAGAAAGGUGAGGCCGCUGCAGUCCAGGGCGCCUCCCCGGGGUCGUGCGGGAAGAGCGUGCUCCCCGGCGGCGGCGGUGGUAGAGGCCUCACAUUGCCGCAGGCCUCGCGGCGGCCUGUUUCCGCAGCGCAUCUGCUGGUCCGGCUACAGAUAAAGGAGGGAAACGGCGGCGCCCCUUUUGGAGGGGGAGGAGAGUGUGGCUGGAGUGGGAAAUGUCGCCGUACAGGGAAUCAGUCAGCUCUGGCUUUCAGUUUUACCCCCCUGGGCUGACUAGUAGGGGUGCUGUGUCGCGCCCUGGAUUAUUCCUAGGCCAAUGUUCCGUCCUAUGUAAAAUAAUACUCAGGCCUCGCUUUCCGGGGUGCAUGGAAGCUUCCCUGGAAGGGAAGCAGAGCGCAGGGUAGCGGUCCUCCGCCAGGACCAGCGCCUCGACGACCCGCUCCUUCCACAAGGCUCUCACUGCGCGUCUUGGGAGGACCUGGGGAGCCCCAGGCGGGGACGCUGGAGGGUGCUCCGGCCGGGAAGUUUCACGGUGGGUGGGCUGGAGGGCCCGAGGCGGGGCCGGCGCGCAGGGGGCGUGCUCUGGACCGCCCAAAAGGGGCGCCAGCCGGAGACCGCUGCGCGGUGAAGGCAGGAAGCCAGUCCCCAGAGCAUCCUGAGCUCAGGCUUGCAGCCCUCAAGUCCUGGGAUACUGCGAGGCCAGACACAGGAAAUGAGAGACAGUGGUGAGGGCGCCAGGUAACCUGUGACGCUUCACCAAGGGUUAAAGUCACCACAGGACGCGCGAUCUUCCUGCCGGAACCCUCUGAGAAGCAGGACCGUUUCCUCUGGUGGAACCAAGUCAGUUCUCCACUGUACCACUGGUGAAACGGGUCCAGAGCGGGAGUGACUUGCGUCUGCAUAGCGUGCCAGGGACUAGCGGAGCUGGGACCCGGCAGGCAGCGCAGGGGUGGCAGUGCACGCACCUUUGCCCCUCCGCGCAGCCGCAGCUCUGCAAGCCGCGUUUCCUUUUCUGUAAAAUGGAAAUAGCAGUUGGUGCUCAGACACGAAGUUCCGUGGCUGCGACCCACACAGAGGAGCCUGACAAAUACUCCUUUCCACCUUUCCUUUCCGAAUUCCCCA